AUGGGUGUACAGGAGAACAGUGGGCGUGGGGGAGACAACCAUGGGUGUACCGGAGAACAGUGGGCGUGGGGGAGACAACCAUGGGUGUACCGGAGAACAGUGGGCGUGGGGGAAACAACCAUGGGUGUACAGGAGAUCAGUGGGCGUGGGGGAGACAACCAUGGGUGUACAGGAGAUCAGUGGGCGUGGGGAGACAACCAUGGGUGUGCGGAGAACAGUGGGCGUGGGGGAGACAACCAUGGGUGUGGGAGAUCAGUGGGCGUGGGGGAACCAUGGGUGUACAGGAGAACAGUGGGCGUGGGGGAGACAAAAUGGGUGUACACAGUGGGCGUGGAAGACAACCAUGGGUGUACAGGAGAACAGUGGGCGUGGAAAGAACAGUGGGCGUGGGGGAACAACAUGGGUACAGGAGAUCAGUGGGCGUGGGGGAACAACCAUGGGUGUACAGGAGAUCAGUGGGCGUGGGGAGACAAUGGGUGUACUGUGGGCGUGGGGGGAGACAACCAUGGGUGUACAGGAGAACAGUGGGCGUGGGGGAGACAGCCAUGGGUGUACAGAGAACAGUGGGCGUGGGGGGAGACAACCAUGGGUGUACCGGAGACACAGUGGGUGUACGGAGAACAGUGGGCGUGGGGGAGACAACCAUGGGUGUACCGGAGAACAGUGGGCGUGGGGGGAGAUGGGUGUACAAAACUAUGGGUGGGUGUACAGGAGAACAGUGGGCGUGGGGGAGACAAACAUGGUGUACAGGAGAACAGUGGGCGUGGGGGAGACAACCAUGGGUGUGCCAGUGGGCGUGGAGACAACCAUGGGUGUGCAGGAGAACAGUGGGCGUGGGGGAGACAACCAUGGUGUACAGAACAGUGGGCGGGGGAGACAACCAUGGGUGUACCGGAGAACAGUGGGCGUGGGGGGAGACAACCAUGGGUGUACCGGAGAACAGUGGGCGUGGGGAGACAACCAUGGGUGUACCGGAGAACAGUGGGCGUGGGGGAGACAACCAUGGGUGUACAGGAGAUCAGUGGGCGUGGGGAGACAACCAUGGGUGUACCGGAGAACAGUGGGCGUGGGGGAGACAGCCUGGGUGUACCGGAGAACAGUGGGCGUGGGGGAGACAACCAUGGGUGUACCGGAGAACAGUGGGCGUGGGGGAGACAAACCAUGGGUGUACAGUGGAGAACAGUGGGCGUGGGGGAGACAGCCAUGGGUGUACAGGAGAUCAGUGGGCGUGGGGGAGACACCAUGGGUGUGGGAGCAGUGGGCGUGGGGAGACAACCAUGGGUGUACAGGAGAACAGUGGGCGUGGGGGAGACAACCAUGGGUGUACAGGAGAACAGUGGGCGUGGGGAGACAAACAUGGGUGUACAGGAGAACAGUGGGCGUGGGGGGAGACAACCAUGGGUGUACAGGAGACAGUGGGCGUGGGGAGACAACCAUGGGUGUACCGGAGAACAGUGGGCGUGGGGGAGACAACCAUGGGUGUACAGGAGAACAGUGGGCGUGGGAACCAUGGGUGUACAGGAGAGCAAGUGGGCGUGGGGGAGACAACCAUGGGUGUACAGGAGAACAGUGGGCGUGGGGGAGCCAUGGGUGUACAGAGCAAGACGGUGUACUGGGCGGGGGGAGACACCAUGGGCAGUGGGCGUGGGGAGACAACCAUGGGUGUAG